UAUGAGUGUACAGUGAAAUGAGAUCUGUUAAGCUCCCGCCGGCAGAUGGCACUGCGGCGUCGACAUGCACGAGCGGCUUUAGAGAGCGCGCGUGCACGAGACUCUUGUAUAUGGACAUGCGCCAUUGUUUGUUUUGGUUCUUCCCCUGUUUAAGCAUUGGUUGAUGUUUGAGGGUGUGUCUUGAUUUACUCCGGGUGUCUGUGAUUCAAUUUGAUUGUGUUUGUUAUUUAAACACCUCGUCUUGCUGUGCACUUCGCGCAGUAUUAAAUCAGUGUUUGAAUGAAUGAAUGUAGUGAUGAAUACGUUUAGUAAGCUAAGCGGUCUUGUUUACGUGUCCUGUUCUCUUCUCUGCCUCGCAUCCAGUUUCUUGUUUUAACCUCGUUAAUCUUGCUCAGUAUAGGCCGCGUUUCCUGUGUUUUGUCUGCUGUGUUGAAAAUAAAGACACUGAUCUGCAACUGCUCCCGCUUCCAGUCCUGUAUCGUUACAAGAUCAGAGCAGUAGUUGGAUUCUGAACAUGUGCAGCUCAGAGAUGAAUUUAGCUGCAGCAGGCACAAUGGUGUGUAUUCUGUGUAUGGCUCUGCUCCUAUCUCAGGUUUGCUGUGAAAUGAAUUUGCUGGACAAAUACUGGAUCUCCUGGAAAACGGAGUUCAAUAAAAAAUACAACAAUGCAGGUGAAGAAGUAUUCAGGAGAUCUAUUUGGCAGCAGAACGUUGUGGAAGUGAUGAAGCACAAUAAAGGACAUCACAGCUUCACCAUGGGGACCAAUCACCUGUCAGACAUGACAGCAGAAGAAAUUAAUGCUAAGCUGAAUGGUCUGAGGAUGGAGAAUGUUCUUCUGGAUACUAACAAGAACUUCAAGCUGUUGAGUGACUCCCCUGUCCCAGACAGACUGGAUUGGACUGAGAAGGGCCUCGUCAGCCCUGUACAGAACCAGGGUAUGUGCGGAUCAUGCUGGGCAUUCAGUGCAGCUGGAGCAUUAGAAGCUCAGAUGGUGAAGAAGAUGGGUCGGAUGGUUCCUCUGAGUGCACAGAACCUGGUGGACUGCAGUGUAAAGGAGGGGAACCACGGCUGUAAAGGAGGAUUCAUGACUAAAGCUUUCAAUUAUGUUAUACACAAUAAAGGAAUCGACUCAGAUGCCUUCUACCCUUAUCAACACAAGGAGGGGUUGUGUCGUUAUUCUCCACAAGGCAGAGCUGGCUCCUGUUCCAGUUUCCAGAUUCUUCCUCAGGUUAAUGAGUCGGUGCUGCUGAACACAGUGGCUCUGAUUGGACCUGUUUCUGUUGGAAUUAAUGCUAAACUGGCCUCAUUCCACAGAUACAGGAGUGGUGAGACACACACACACACACAUAUACACUCAUACACAAACACACACACACACAUACACGUGCACACACAUACACACAAACACAUUCUCACACACACACACAUACACAUGCACACACACGCAGACACACACACACACACACGCAGACACAUACACACAGACACACAUACACACAUGCACACACAAACACAUUCUCACACACAUACACAUGCACACACACACACACAUGCACACACACACACACACACACACAGACACACACAGACACAUGCACACACACACGCAGACACGCACAUGCACAUACACAUACACACAUACAUACACAUACACACACAUAUGAACAGAGAAAUAGUUAAUGAAGAGUUAAUAUGCUCUUGUGCUGUUUAGCAACCUUUUGUUCUUUUAGCUCUCUUUGUAUUGUGGGUGUGGCUAAAUAUAAAUCACCUGUGUUGUGAACACAUCUGGUAAUAAAUACUGAUUGACAUUCACCAACAUGUGCACAUGAGAUCAAAGACAAUCACAAACACUUCUUCAGUUUGAAGAAGAAUAUACACACAACUUUACUAAAAGAAUAAAUAUGAAGC